AUGGACAGGGCGAAGGAUCGGAAUCGGGGAGGACAGAUGCGGGUACGCGCCACAGCCCCGAGGCAAGUCCCCGCCGACAGGUAUGUCUAUGCCCGGCUGCGGACGCCGAGCUCAAGCAGCUUUCCUUUCUCCCUUCCCUUUUUCUCCUCCCUUCCUUCCUCCACUUCGGUUCAGUUCACUCCCUCUCUGACAGUGACCUUGUCUCUGGCCACGAUCUCGGCCGUCGUGGCUGUGGCCCUUCUCGGCAUCUCCUUCGGCACAGACAACUGGCAGUACAUCACAGUUCAAAGAUCCCAGAUUCAGGUGGUAUUGCAGAGUGGAGAUGUGAACAGUGAAGACGUGGAAAAGUUCACGAAAGACCCCCUGUACUUCUCGAGGACGAGGGGAUUAUUCCGAGUCUGCUUCCCCAAGGACAGACCUGCCGGUGUGGCGUUGUACCUGUCACCAGUGGAAACGCACUGCAUGAAUGUGGAUUACUAUAUCCCCGAUGAGGAAAAUCAGUUCAAGACGUUCUCCGAAGACAAACAGGCCACCAUCCAUAUGGCGCGGUCUAUGAUCGCCCUGUUCAUCGUGGCCUUCUUCUUCAUCUUCAUUGCUUUCUGGACGGGAGUGGCGGGAUGCUGGCGUCGAAGCCCCGGCAAUAUCCAGUCUACAUUCAUCCUCAUGAUGAUGGCAUGUUUAUUGAGUGCAGGUGGAAUGGGACUUUGGCAUGGAGUGGAAUAUUAUGAACAGCAGAAGCUUGUGGAAGAAGGGUAUUACCUCCAAUGGCCUGAACACUUGAAGGAAGCUACAACGAUCAGCUAUGACUGGUCAUACAUCAUUGCCUGGAUAGGAGUUGGGUGUUCUCUGGUUUCAUCACUUCUCUUCUUUGGUGCUGGUCGCUGUUUGGAGGAUGAGCGAGACAGAGAACAUGCCCACAAGAUGCAGUACCUCAUGCCCGUUUACCCACAGAAGCAGCAGUAUGCAUAUGGCUAUGCCUACCCAGGGCCCUACUAUCAUGGCUCGCAAUAUGGCCCUUACAACUACUGAGGAGCAGUGAGCCUGUCAUGAAUGGAGCAUGACAAUUUAUUAAGAAGUGCAGAUGAGGCUGAGGCCUAGACACAGGCACAGCUAAGUCAUCUUCAACCUGUGAUGUGAUGUCAGAUGAAAAAAACAAUCAUCCUCUGAUUGAGGGUUCACAAUCCUUGUAUCCCUGACCUGAUAAGCUCAACAGUGUAUUUGUUACAAUAUCUCUCUCUCUCUCCCUCUCUGAGUGCAAACUCCUUGCUUAGUUGGUUGAAUAGUAUUGAUUUUUUCCUCUUUCCAAUUUUGAAGUGUGCAUGCCUAAUGCAUAUGUACACGGAAUUCAAUUCUUUUUCUUUUAUUUUUCUUUUUUGCCCUGUUCAUUUUUGUAAGGCAAACUGUAUUUUAUCCCUAUUUCAACUGACUCUUAGUGACUGCUCUCACGAGCAUGUUCAAGACUUUUAAUGAUUAUUGAAUGUUAUUCUAUGUACUGCAAAGUUAUGUUCAGGAGGCGAUUGCAAUUUCAGAAUAGAAAAUUUUCAUAGGUCUAUGUUGAGUGCCAAUCGGUCUAAGGCCUGAGUUUAGUGGUUUGGGUAUCCCAGCCACAACUCUACUUCCAACCACAAUAGGGAGAAAGUCUCCCAGAAACACUGACUGAUGACACAGUUGAGGUUGUGAAUAUUCAGCCUAUGUGUGUGCGUGUGCAGUUAAGUUAUUGAUUGUUGAACUGCAUGCAGUCAACUUGCUUUUAUCUGUCCUUCAUGUAGUGAAUGUGUGUCUGAGUUCUGAUUUCCUGGUUGUAUUUCUAUGGGCAAUAUUGAAUGAAGGAAGAAUGAUUGUUAUAGACA